UCCCAGUAUAAGAAGAGGUGGGUCUGCAGAAAAAUGAUGGCAUAGAAUGCCAAGAAAGGAGACUUUUAGGAAGGAAAUGGCCAUUGUCAGUGCUAUAAAGCAGUGCUUCUUAAAGUAUGGUCCCUGGACCAGCAGCAUCAGUAUUACCUGGGAACUCAUUGGAAAUCAUAUGCUUGCCUUUCCGGCGGUGAUGACCUCCCCACAAGAACAUGCCUCUCGCAAAAAAUCUCCUUCAUCUCUCUCCAGAAGAGAAGAGGAAACACAAGAAGUGGUGCCUGGUGCAGAGCCCCAAUUCUAUUUCAUGGAUGUGAAAUGCCCAGGAUGCUAUAAAAUCACCACAGUUUUCAGCCAUGCACAAAGAGUAGUUUUGUGUGUUGGCUGCUCCACUGUUCUCUGCCAGCCUACAGGAGGAAAAGUAAGACUUACAGAAGGAUGUUCCUUCAGAAGGAAGCAGCACUAAAAGCAACCUGAAUCAAGAUGAGUGGGAAA